UAGAUGCUGCUGGAUGACCUGGAGGAGGUGAGAGCUUUGAGACAAGACUGGAGGGAGGGGCAAAGGGGAGAUUCACUGUGCCCCGGUCUCAAGGGGAAACAUCAACCACCCUGGGAGAACUGAGUGUCAAGGGCAUGGGUAGAUCCAUGUGUCCUUUACCAAUGCCCCAAAUUGAACCUGAACCAAGAAAAUGUCCUGGAGUGGCCAGAAAGAGCUGCAGUGGAGGGAGGGGGAUGGAGUGGAUCAGGAGGACGUCCCUGAAGCGCUUGUACCAGAGCCAAGAACGUGGUCAGGAGUGAUCACGGGUUCAAGUCAGUUCAGCACAAGCUCCCGGAGGCCUCCUGUGUACCAGGCCCCAGGCGGGGCAGUGCUGAGGACACAGAAAGAACCUGACCUGAGCCCCAUCUUCAAGGCCCCCAGAUGGGGAAAAGAAUGGGCCAGACCUCAGCAAACUGCAGCGGAACCCUGGUCCCUCCUCCACAAUGUGGCUUCUCCUCACUCUCUCCUUCCUGCUGGCAUCCUCAGCCCAGGAUGGUGACAAGUUGCUGGAAGGUGACGAGUGUGCACCCCACUCCCAGCCAUGGCAAGUGGCCCUCUACGAGCGUGGACGCUUUAACUGUGGCGCUUCCCUCAUCUCCCCACACUGGGUGCUAUCUGCGGCCCACUGCCAAACCCGCUUCAUGAGAGUGCGCCUGGGGGAGCACAACCUGCGCAAGCGCGAUGGCCCAGAGCAACUACGGACCGCGUCUCGGGUCAUCCCACACCCGCGCUACGAAGCGCGCAGCCACCGCCACGACAUCAUGUUGCUGCGUCUAGUCCAGCCCGCACGCCUGACCCCCCAGGUGCGCCCCGUGGUGCUACCCACGCGUUGCCCCCACCCGGGGGAGGCCUGUGUGGUGUCUGGCUGGGGCCUGGUGUCCCACAUCGAGCCUGGGACCACCCGGAGCCCCCAGUCACAAGUGAGUCUCCCAGAUACGUUGCAUUGUGCCAACAUCAGCAUUAUCUCGGACACGUCUUGUGACAAGAGCUACCCAGGGCGCCUGACGAACACCAUGGUGUGUGCAGGCGCGGAGGGCAGAGGCGCAGAAUCCUGUGAGGGUGACUCCGGGGGACCCCUGGUCUGUGGGGGCGUCCUGCAGGGCAUUGUGUCCUGGGGUGAUGUCCCUUGUGACAACACCACCAAGCCUGGUGUCUAUACCAAAGUCUGCCACUACUUGAAGUGGAUCAGGGAAACCAUGAAGAGGAACUGACUAUUCUGGCCUAUUACCUGUGCCCCUGACUGAGCAGAGGCCUCCACAGCUGGCCAGCAGCCCCACCUGACAUGGAACAGAAUGGAGCCGUCCCCCAAGACCCUGUCCAAGGCCCAGAUGUUAGCCAAGGAUUGUCCCACCUGAGGACAAAGCUGGCGCUCAAGGUCACCUGUUUAAUGCCAAGAUAACAAAGCACUGAUCCAAGUUUCUCUGUAGGAAUUUCUGUGACUUUUUUCUGGGGUCAAAGGGAAACCCAGAGACACUGUACACUGUUCCUUUUCACCCACCACCCCGAUCCCUAGGUGAGGAGAAGCGGCUUGAAGCAGGGCUCCAUUCAUUCAACACACAUGACCACCCGUGUGAUCUUGAACAAGAGGCCCAAUCUCCCUUGGCCUUGGUUUCCCCAUCUGUAAAAUGAGACCAUCUUAUUGCUGACUUCAAAGGGCUAUUUUGAGGAUUAAAUGAGAUGAUUCCUCUGAACUGAUUAAAAUAGUGUCUGGCACUGAGUAAA